CGGCUGAGUUCGUCUUCGGGUGUUUCCGGAUGACUUCGCCGACUUCCACCGACCCGCCCGAGGCUCUUCCUCCUGCCGAAAGCGGAGUAGACGAAAAUGCCCCGAGUUUCUUUCGCAGCGAUGGGAAAAACCUGGAUCUGAGCCAAAGCAGGAUGACGGAGCCGCUACCCUUGUCCUACGUGACGGCCCAAGAGAUGCGUUGCCUCCUGCACUGGCUGUCCAUCUGGACUCCCGCCCAACGGGAGUGUUUCCUCCAAGACCUGGUGGACAAGGCCGUCCCUUGGAAGCUGUUCCCCCUGCUGGAGAGCCUUUCGGGACUCCGGGUGGAAUUUGGGAAGCCCCCGUCCAUCUACCAGUGCCAGAUGCGCCUCUGGAACCAGUGGUUCCGCAGCUGGUCGGAAGCCGAGCGCAACGAGUUUGUCCGGCAGAUGGAAGAGGAGAUGCCAGAUUUGGCGGGACGGUUUUACCGAAAAGUGGUGGCCACAGCCCGACAAGACUGAGGCAGACCGUGGCGCACUCUCCCUUCUGUCCCCUACCCUCUUUUUUGGGGGGUGGGGGAGUGAUUUCUCUGGAUGUCUUCCCACCAGCUGCUGUCAAGGCCUUUCCAUAACCCCGAAUAAUAUGAAAAUAAAAUAUUGUUU